AUGCCUCAAGCACAGCCUGAACUAAAGAAGUACAUGGAAAAACGCCUCUUUGUCCAACUCAACGCCAAUCGCAAAGUCAUUGGUAUCCUAAGAGGUUAUGAUGUCUUUCUGAACAUAGUCUUAGACGAUGCCGUGGAAGAGAAACCAAGCGGUGAGCGCGAACGUCUAGGGAUGGUGGUUAUCCGCGGAAACAGCGUUGUGAUGCUCGAAGCCCUGGAGCGCAUGGGCGAUGACCGACGAUGA